CCGCAUUCCAUCCCAUUCACGCUGAGCGGAUACAUUGUAGCGAGGAGGGCGGACUGAGCCGGAGACUCGGGGGAUCCAGCCAUGGCAGCGAGCGCCCGCUCCCGCAGCAUUUUCCUGCUGACCUUCUGGACCAGGCACUAAAUGAGGCUUUCAGCAGAUAUCUUUUUGGAUAUAUCCUUCCUCUAGCCCAUCCCCCUUUGCCUUGGAACCCUACCCUUAAUUUAUUAUUUUUGUUUUUUUUCCGUAAUUUUAUUAUUGUUAUAAAUAUUUUUGGAGAUGAUGCUUCAACUUGAGAAGCCUCUACCCCUCCAUUUAUGGACCCUCUUGUUUUUGGGAUGUUCCUGGAUGUUACCAGGGAAUGGAUCCCCCAAAACCUUCAGGACUUUUACGGGAAGUGAUUGGAGCUUAACCCAUUUGGUGGUACACAAUGUAACGGGGGAGCUGUACUUGGGAGCAGUAAAUCGGAUUUUUAGACUUUCCAGCAACCUGACUCUCUUGAGAACUCACGUCACAGGUCCAGUGGAUGACAAUGAGAAAUGUUACCCCCCUCCGAGUGUUCAGUCCUGCCCUCAUGGCCUCAUCACCACCAAUAACGUUAACAAACUGCUUCUGGUGGAUUACUCUGACAAUCGGCUGAUCGCGUGCGGCAGCGCCUCCCAGGGGAUCUGCCAAUUCCUCCGUCUUGAUGAUCUGUUCAAGUUGGGUGAACCCCACCACCGUAAAGAGCACUAUCUCUCCAGCGUCAACGAAUCCGGAACCAUGUCCGGAGUCAUCAUCGAAGUUCCCAAUGGCCUAAUUAAACUCUUCGUCGGAACCCCUAUAGACGGCAAAUCUGAGUAUUUUCCCACCCUCUCCAGUCGUAAACUUUUGAAAGAUGAAGAAGAAGCUGAGAUGUUUGGCUUUGUCUACCAGGAUGAGUUUGUAUCUUCACAGCUCAAGAUCCCCUCUGACACUUUAUCCAAGUUCCCUGCAUUUGAUAUUUACUAUAUAUAUAGCUUCAACAGCGAACAGUUUGUGUACUAUUUGACCUUACAGCUUGACACCCAGUUAACCUCACCUGACUCCACCGGAGAACAGUUCUUCACUUCCAAAAUUGUCCGUCUUUGUGUAGAUGACCCCAAGUUUUAUUCCUAUGUGGAGUUUCCCAUUGGGUGCAUGAAGGAUGGUGUGGAGUAUCGUCUCAUUCAGGAUGCUUACCUCGCCAAGCCUGGGAAACGCUUGGCCAAAGAACUGGGCAUUUCUGAAACGGAUGAAAUUCUGUUCACGGUCUUUGCCCAGGGUCAGAAAAAUAGGGUCAAACCGCCCAAAGAGUCUGUCCUCUGCCUUUUCACCUUAAAGAAGAUCAAGGACAAAAUUAAGGAGCGCAUCCAGUCCUGCUAUAGGGGGGAAGGAAAACUCUCCCUUCCAUGGCUGUUAAAUAAGGAAUUGGGGUGCAUCAAUUCGCCCCUGCAAAUUGAUGACAACUUCUGUGGUCAGGAUUUUAACCAACCCCUUGGUGGAACGGUCACCAUCGAAGGGACGCCGCUUUUCGUUGACAAGGACGAUGGCAUGACGUCGGUGGCUGCCUACGAUUACCACGGACAUACGGUCGUGUUUACUGGAACCCGCAGUGGCAAACUUAAAAAGAUUCUGAUAGACCUCUCUGGACCGUCCCGUGCCACCCAGCAAUACGAGAACGUCGUGGUUCAUGAAGGAUACGCAAUCUUGCGCGACCUGGUGCUAAGUCCCGACCAACAAUAUAUCUAUGCUAUGACAGAAAAACAGGUUACACGUGUGCCGGUGGAGAGCUGCGAACAGUACCAGAGCUGUGACACUUGCCUUGGCUCCAGAGACCCUCACUGCGGAUGGUGUGUUCUCCACAACACUUGCUCCAGGAAAGAUAAAUGCGAGCGAGCAGAUGAGCCUCAUCGUUUCACAUCUGACCUGCACCAGUGUGUUCAGCUUACAGUGCAUCCCAAAAACAUUUCUGUUACAAUGUCUGAGGUCCCGAUGGUAUUACAAGCUUGGAAUGUCCCCGACCUCUCUGCUGGGGUGAAUUGCUCCUUCGAAGAUUUCACAGAGAUGGAGGGACACCUAGAGGAUGGGAGGAUUUACUGCAGCUCACCUUCGGCUAGGGAUGUCAUCCCAAUUACACGAGGCCAUGGUGACAAGAGAGUGGUGAAACUCUACCUGAAAUCCAAGGAGACUGGAAAGAAGUUUGCCAGCGUGGAUUUUGUCUUCUAUAACUGCAGUGUCCAUCAAUCUUGUCUUUCCUGUGUCAAUGGAUCUUUCCCUUGCCAUUGGUGCAAAUAUCGUCAUGUCUGUACCCACAACGCAGAUGACUGUUCCUUCCAAGAAGGAAGAGUAAAAAUGUCGGAGGACUGCCCGCAGAUUCUGCCCUCGACUCAGAUCUACAUUCCGGUGGGGGUGGUAAAACCAAUCACGUUGACCGCCAAGAACCUUCCUCAGCCCCAGUCUGGACAGCGCAACUACGAGUGUAUCUUCCACAUCCCGGGUAGCGUGACGAGGGUGACCGCCCUGCGCUUCAACAGCACCAGCAUCCAGUGUCAAAACACUUCGUACAACUAUGAAGGUAAUGACAUCAGUGACCUUCCGGUAAAUUUGUCUGUGGUGUGGAACGGACAUUUUGUUAUCGACAACCCACAAAAUAUUCAAGCCCACUUGUACAAAUGCUCCGCCUUACGGGAGAGUUGUGGACUCUGCCUGAAAUCAGACCCUCGAUUUGAAUGUGGAUGGUGUGUGAACGAAAAGAAAUGCACCCUACGCCAAAACUGCCCCGUGUAUGAAAGCCCCUGGAUGCACGCCAGCACAGCCAACAGCCGCUGCACGGAUCCCAAGAUCACGAAGUUGUUUCCCGAGACUGGCCCUAAGCAAGGUGGAACCCGCCUGACCAUCACCGGUGAAAAUCUGGGCUUGAGGUUUGAAGACAUUCGGGUCGGAGUGAGGGUUGGCCAAGUUAUGUGCUUCCCGAUCGAGAGCGAGUACAUCAGCGCAGAGCAGAUUGUGUGCGAGAUCGGAGACGCCAGCAGUACCCAGACCCACGAUGUCCCCGUAGAAGUGUGUGUCCGAGACUGCUCGCAGGAUUACCGCGCGCUCUCCCCGAAGACCUUCACGUUUGUGGUUCCUUUUUUUAACCGCGUGGUUCCGGCUCGCGGGCCGGUGUCAGGUGGAACGUGGAUAUCCAUAGAGGGCAGCAACUUGAACGCUGGCAGCGAUGUGGCGGUUGACGUUGGCGGACGUCCCUGUGCCUUCUCGUGGCGAACUGCUCACGAAAUCCGCUGUAAGACCCCGCAAGGACAAAACCCGGGAGGCGCAGAAAUCCGGAUCCACAUCAACCGCGCGAUGCUCACCAACAAGGAUGUGUUGUACAAUUAUACGGAAGACCCAACCGUACACAAGUUAGAACCUGAAUGGAGCAUCACCAGUGGGGGAACACCUCUUAUUGUAACCGGAAUGAACCUGGCAACCAUUCGGGAACCCAAGAUACGGGCCAAGUAUGGAGACGUGGAACGGGAGAAUAACUGUACUGUGUACAAUGACACCACCAUGAUGUGCCUAGCCCCCUCCAUCGAAAACCCUUUCAGGAUCCCACCUGAGAACGGAGACCGUCCGGACGAGAUCGGCUUUGUCAUGGACAAUGUCCAAGCCCUGCUCAUUGUGAACACAACCAACUUCGUUUAUUACCCGGAUCCCGUGUUUGAGCCCCUGAGUGCAUCUGGUAACCUUGAACUGAAGCCCAGUUCCCCGCUGAUCAUUAAGGGUCGUAAUCUGAUUCCGGCAGCUCCAGGAAACUUUCGCCUUAAUUACACGGUGCUGAUCGGGGAUACUCCAUGCGCGCUGACGGUCUCCGAGACGCAGCUUUUGUGCGAGUCGCCUAACCUUACGGGGCAGCACAAAGUCACCAUCAAAGCUGGCGGGUUCGAAUUCUCGCCUGGCACCCUGCAGAUUUAUUCCGACAGCCUGUUGACUCUACCAGCCAUCAUCGGCAUCGGUGGAGGUGGCGGUCUUCUGUUGCUUACCAUCAUCGCGGUUCUCAUUGCGUACAAGCGCAAGUCGCGGGACGCAGAUCGCACCCUCAAGCGCCUGCAGCUCCAGAUGGACAAUCUAGAAUCCCGUGUGGCCCUGGAGUGCAAAGAAGCCUUUGCUGAGCUGCAGACGGACAUCCACGAAUUGACCAACGACCUCGACGGAGCCGGCAUCCCGUUCCUCGAAUAUCGAACGUACGCCAUGAGGGUCCUCUUCCCUGGGAUAGAAGACCACCCCGUGCUAAAAGAAAUGGAGGUUCAGGCCAACGUGGAGAAAGCCCUGAACCUCUUCGGCCAGCUCCUGAAUAAGAAGCACUUCCUACUCACUUUCAUCCGGACUCUGGAAGCCCAGCGCAGCUUCUCCAUGAGGGACCGUGGAAACGUGGCCUCCCUCAUCAUGACGGCCCUGCAGGGCGAGAUGGAAUACGCCACAGGGGUGCUGAAGCAGCUGCUCUCUGACCUCAUCGAGAAGAAUCUCGAGAGCAAGAACCACCCUAAGCUACUGUUGAGACGAACCGAGUCGGUAGCCGAGAAGAUGCUGACAAACUGGUUUACAUUUCUCCUGUACAAGUUCUUGAAGGAAUGUGCCGGUGAACCCUUGUUUAUGCUGUAUUGCGCAAUCAAGCAGCAGAUGGAAAAAGGACCGAUAGACGCCAUCACCGGAGAAGCCCGCUAUUCCCUGAGCGAGGACAAGCUGAUCCGACAACAGAUCGACUACAAGAUGCUGAAUCCUUGUCCUGAAGACGUUGGGCUGAGCGAUGAAACAUGUUACCGCUCGCCUCAAACGCUGAAUUGCGUGAAUCCUGAAAACGAAAAUGCCCCCGAAAUUCCCGUGAAGGUUCUGAAUUGCGACACCAUAACCCAAGUAAAGGAGAAGCUUCUGGACGCGGUGUAUAAAGGAGUGCCGUACUCCCAGAGACCCAAGGCAGGAGACAUGGACCUCGAAUGGCGUCAGGGUAGGAUGGCCAGGAUUAUUCUGCAAGAUGAGGACGUUACAACCAAGAUAGACAACGACUGGAAACGUCUCAACACUCUGGCCCAUUAUCAGGUGAUAGAUGGAUCUUCCGUUGCUUUGGUGCCGAAACAGAACUCUGCAUACAACAUUUCCAACUCCUCAACCUUUACAAAGUCUUUAAGUAGAUAUGAAAGCAUGUUGCGGACGGCUUCGAGUCCAGACAGCCUUCGGUCCCGAACUCCCAUGAUCACCCCUGAUUUAGAGAGCGGCACCAAACUCUGGCACCUGGUAAAGAACCAUGAUCACUUGGACCAGCGUGAAGGUGACAGGGGGAGUAAGAUGGUUUCUGAGAUCUACCUAACACGUCUCUUGGCCACGAAGGGCACCCUGCAGAAGUUCGUGGACGAUUUGUUUGAGACAAUCUUCAGCACGGCUCACCGGGGCAGCGCGCUACCACUCGCCAUCAAGUACAUGUUUGACUUUCUGGACGAGCAGGCGGACAAGCACCAGAUCACAGAUUACGACGUACGGCACACAUGGAAGAGUAACUGUUUACCGCUGAGGUUCUGGGUGAAUGUAAUCAAGAACCCACAGUUUGUGUUUGACAUUCACAAGAACAGCAUCACGGACGCCUGCCUCUCGGUGGUGGCCCAGACCUUCAUGGAUUCAUGUUCCACGUCCGAGCACAAGCUGGGUAAAGAUUCCCCAAGCAACAAGCUGCUUUACGCCAAGGACAUUCCCAACUACAAGAGCUGGGUGGAGAGGUAUUACUCAGACAUCGCCAAAAUGCCAGUCAUCAGUGACCAGGAUAUGAGCGCCUACCUGGCCGAGCAGUCGAGGUUACAUCUCAGCCAGUUCAACAGUAUGAGUGCUCUGCACGAAAUUUAUUCUUAUAUAACCAAGUACCGAGACGAGAUUUUAACCGCAUUGGAAAAAGAUGAACAAGCAAGGAGACAACGACUAAGAAGUAAACUGGAACAAGUCAUUGACACAAUGGCUCUAAGCAGUUGAAAUCAAAGGCCUAUGGGCAAAUGGGUCUCUUAGCAGUGGCUACUGAGAGAGAGAGAGAGGAAGCCAGAGGACAUAUCGUGCUCCAUCAAAUGUGGCCAUGGAGGGAAAAAAGGCUGCCUGAUAAACUGUUUUUGGAACUUUCAUGAAACAAUGAACAAAAAAUGUACAUAUAUAUAUAUAUAUAAAGACUUUAGAGAAAAUUUCAAAGAAUGACAUAGAAACCUUUAUAAAAUAAACAGUUUUAAGGGACGCUUAAAUUUCAAUACAAAUUAAAAUUAUAGAUUUAAGACAAUGGGAAGCUGCUGUAUGUUCCAGGGGAAAGACUGUUUGCCCGUUGUUAUGAUGUCACAGUGAUGACAUGAUUGGAUGGGACUUUGGAAUGCGCUAGGAACAACAAUAUGUUUUCACCAUGAACCCCCCCACCCCCCCUUACACACCUUUCCUCCCCAGGGCAGCCCUGUUACCUGAAACAACCUCUCUCUGGCUGGCUUUCUGCCAAUAGUGUUACUGCUACAUUUUGCACAAUUUACUGAAAUAUCCGUGAUUUUUAAAGAAAUUUUAAAAACAAAAAAAGAGAGAUUGAAGAAAACAAAAAACAUCUGGAAGAAGAAAAAAAUAGGUGUUUCUUGGGAAAAAAAAACAAGGAAGAACUGCUCCACAUAUUCCCCUGCAAGAAGAAUGAAUUGCUCUGGAACCUUUGAUAUUUUUCUAGACUUCUGUUCUGUGCCAUGUUUAAUUUGAAUGUUGUUUUAGUGAAUAAAAAUGAAAGAGAAGGAACAUAUAAUUGCAAGAUGUUGGGGGGGUGGGGGCUAGGGAAUACAUGUAAAAAUGUAAAAGGAAGUGCAGACUGCUUUCAGUCAUUGAAAGGGUGAAGAAAUGGAAAAUACAUUUCAAGUUUCUUACUAAACCCCUGUAUUUUGUUUCGGAA